AUGGACGGCCUCUCAGUAGCAGCCAGUAUUAUUGGUGUGAUCCAACUGGCUGGAUCUAUUGCCAAACUAUGCGGUGGUUACAUCCAAGAUGUAAAGGAUGCUAGCGCCGACAUCAUUGCUCUGCGACAAGCGAUCAACGGUCUCAUUAGUGUUCUUGAGAACCUUGCAGCUAUUCUCAAUAAUCCUAAUUCAGGGUUGGGUAUUACACUUGUGUUGAAAGAUGAUAUCCGAACUUGUCUCUUGACACUAGAAGCCCUUGAAGGGAAAGUUGGCAUGGGAAAGGGCAAGAAAGCGAUGAAAAGACUUGGAUUGCGAGCCCUGAAAUGGCCGCUGAAGCGUUCAGAGGUCGAAAAAGUGAUGGGUGAUAUUGAGAGAUAUAAGUCGUCAUUUUCUUUGUCGCUGCAGGUUGAUCAAAUGACAAUCAUGACCAAUAUGGCUGGAACAACCAGCUUGAUUGAUCAAAACAUGGAUAUGCAAAAACUGCCAGUUGCCCAUGGGGCUGAAUUUGACUCUUACAUGGAUCAGCACGAAGACGAGUGCCUUGAAGGGACCAGAACAGACCUCCAGCAACAGAUCGCAGCAUGGGCAGCAUUACCACAAGGCAAUUGCAUCUUCUGGUUGAAUGGAAUGGCUGGAACUGGAAAAUCGACCAUAUCCCGCACAGUAGCCCUGUCUUUCAAACAAAAUAAGCAGCUGGGCGCCAGCUUCUUCUUCAAAAGAGGUGAAGCGGACCGAGGAAAUGCGACAAAGUUAUUCACGACAUUGACGCAACAACUCAUGAUCAAGCUUCCUGAACUGACUCCUACGAUUCGAAAAGCAAUCCAUGAUGACCCUGCCAUUGCGACCAGAGGGCUCAAACAACAAUUCAACAAGCUUCUGCUUGAACCAUUACUUCAAUUGAAAAGCUCGCGUGAAGACCGAAUAUUGGUGAUCGUGAUUGAUGCCCUAGACGAGUGUGAAUCAGAGAAUGAUAUACGGGUCAUUCUUCAAUUGAUGCCACAUCUUCAAGAGUCGAAAACAGUACAGAUUCGAGUCUUCUUGACGAGUAGGCCAGAGUUGCCAAUUCGUCUUGGGUUUUCAAAAAUGGCCAAUCAGGACUACAAGAAUCUCACACUCCAUGAGUUGCCGGAAGACGUCACUGCACACGACAUAUUAUUAUUUUUGAAGCACCGACUAGCUCAAAUCGGGAGGGAACGCUCAUUAUCUGUUGACUGGCCUGGAGACAUCAAAACUCAACAGCUUUUAAAAAUAUCUGUUCCACUCUUCAUCUUUGCUGCUACCAUGUGUCGCAUACUUAAUGAUCUUCAAUGGGACCCUGUAGACAGCCUCGAAGAGAUCCUUGCUUGUCGAGGGGAGAGCGCUAGUCUUCAUGGAACAUACCUCCCUAUAUUCAGUCGACUUCUUCUCAAUCAGACCGAGAAACAAAAGAAGCAGCUUAUACAUGAGUUUCAGGACGUAGUUGGUACAAUCGUCAUCCUUGAAAGUCCUCUGUCUGUUAUCUCGAUCUCUGCACUUCUUGGCAUCCCCCAAAACGUCAUCAAGUUGAGAUUGAGCUCAUUGAACUCGGUACUGAGUAUCCCGCAAAAUGAAAUCAUACCGGUAAGACUUUUCCAUCUAUCAUUUAGAGAUUUUCUCCUUGAUCCGCAGACAUGUGAGAAGACUCCAUUCGCGAUAGAUAGCAAGGUGGCACACUCGAAAUUGGCAGCUAGAUGUCUUUUAAUCUGUUCAACUUUGCAAAAGAACAUCUGUGGACUUGAACAUGAUGGAAGUCAAAGAUCCGAGAUUAGCAUCUCAUCUAUCAGCCGUUGUCUUCCCCCGAGCUUCAGUACUCGUGUCGGUGACGACUCAAAGUCAUUGCCUAAAGUUCUCGCCUUCUUGCAGACACAUUUCCUCCACUGGAUGGAGGCAAUGGGGAUUUUAGGCCUUGCACACGAAGUGGUAGGAAUCAUUGACCUCCUACACCCUUGGCUAGAUAGCCACAAGUCCCAUGAGUUUUCUGAGUAUUUACAGGAUGCCAGGCGAUUUGCGUCAAGGAAUACCGCCAUAGCAAAUGAAGCUCCUCUCCAGCUUUAUUGCUCAGGUCUUCUAUUUGCUCCGAAAAACUCGAUUAUACGAAAGGCCUUCACUAAGUACCUUCCUACGUGGAUUUCCAAAGUCCCAGACGUUGAAGCGAAUUGGAGUGCAGACAUUCACUCUUUUGAUCUUUUCUUGCGGGUGGGGGGCAUAUCCUUCUCCCCGGAUAGCCAAAUUUUAGCAUACGUUGCUUAUGAUGGCAGUAUUAAGCUUUGGGAUGUCAUGACAGGCGCCUUGAAGCAGUCUUUGGGGCAGCAUCCAAAUGGUAAAUGGAACGUUUCGCGGAUUUAUUUUUCGCCAAAUGGUCAAUUCCUCGCGUCCACCAAUUUUCGGGAUCACACUCUUAAGCUUUGGGAUCCCACCACAGGUACAUUGCAGCGGACACUUAGCCAUCCACAGUGCUCCCCUCGCAGUCCGAUAUUCUCUCCUGACGGCCGCUUCUUGGUUUCUCCUGCAUGUGACCCCAAUCACCCCACACUCUUCCUCUGGAAUAUGAUCGAAGAUUGCUUUGAGAAGGAAACAGCCAACACCUUAGGAGAUGUUCAGUGUGUAGCAUUUCUCCCUAAUAGCCAGCUUUUAGCGUUCGCAUCAGCUGAUGGCUCGGUGAAGUUGUGGGACCUUGCUUCCGGCAAUCUUCAGCAGACCUUGGAAAGCUACACAAGGCAAGUAAGAUGCCUCUCAUUCUCUCAUACUGGUCAAUUUCUCGGGAUACUAUGCGAGGAUUAUAGAUUCAGGAUCUGGAAUAUUGUGACUGGCGCAGAGAAGAUUCUUCCGGUUGGGACAUUUGCCGGAAUCUUCUCACCCACCGAGAAUGUUCUCGUGACUGUAUCGCAUGAGUUUUUGUUAUCGUCCUGGGAUCCUGACACGGGUCUUCCCCUGAAGAACUUUGAAGGCAGAUAUUGCAAUUGUGAUCAAGCAUUUUCUCCCGACGGCAAGCUCUUGGCCAUUGCACGGGACCAAUCACAAAUAACGAUAUUGGAUAUGUCGACAGGCAUUUUGCAUGCUCCUUUUGGCGCACACGCUGAUACCGUAUUAUCUAUGGCUUUCUCUCCCAACGGCCAAUUUCUUGCGUCUGCCUCGGAGGAUAAAGUGGUCAAAAUUUGGCAUGUUGGUGCAGGUAUACCAAAGCCGGAACAGUCUUACGAGGGUCAUUCAAGCAGGGUUUGUUCAUUGACCUUUUCCACUGAUGGUGAGACCCUGGUCAGUUGCUCGGAUGAUGGAACAGCUGCACUGUGGUACCCAAAGACGGGCAGUUUAUCCCAAAAGCAAAUAUUGGGAAGUUCCCCUCGACCAGGCAUUGCAUUGGCACCCAGUGGCGAAGUUCUCGUUUCUAUAUCAGUCGACAAACAUAUCAUAUUGUGGAGAAUAACCCAGUCCACAAUUGUACCCAUUCCAACUCUUCAGGGUCUGAGCUCUGCAGAUGGGCCAUGUGAGACUAGUCGGGUGAUCUUCUCUCCCUGUAGCCGCAUUAUAGCCUCCAUUUCAGAAACCAUUCAGCUUUGGGAUGCAGACACCGCGACAGGCUCUUUCCGCCUGAAACAUACUCUGGGUGGGCAUUCGGAUUAUAUUCGGGGUCUAUCAUUUUCGCCAAACAGCCAGCUUCUAGCAACUUUCUCAGACGAUGAAACGCUCAAGCUUUGGAACACAGCAACAGGCUCUUUGGAGAAAACAUUUGAAUGCCAUCCGAUGACUGUUUUCAGGUUGGAGUUCUCUCCCAAUGGCCAGUUUAUUGCCUGCUAUUUGAUUGGUGAGAAUAGAGGGGAUAUCUAUCUCCUAGAUAUUGCUACAGGAGAUAAAAAACAGAUCUGGAGAUCUGUGGGAUAUAUCCUCAGAUUAAGGUUCUCUCGAGAUGGCUCAUAUUUGAAUACUGAUUUUGGAUACCUGGACAUCCAGCCUGAGUAUUGGCAAAGUCCCAUUUCUUCAGGGGAUGAUGUGGAGAUUUCCAUAUUAGAGUCACACUGGGUGACCUUUAACCGCCGAAAGACAUUAUGGCUGCCCCCAGAGUACCGACCCAGCUGCUUCGCGAUCUAUGGCAAUGUUCUUGUGCUCGGAUAUGGAUCAGGAAGGGUUCUGUUUAUAAACUUCUGUCCAUAA